AUGUCCUAUUCAUCCCAACUAUCUAUGCCCGAAUAUCCUCCAAACGCGUUAAACCAACAGGAUAUCACCAACUCUCUCUCCCCAGAAGUAAUCCAGUUUUCUUUGCUAAGGUGUUUGGAAUGCUCCAAGCGUAAAAUCAAAUGUGACAAGCUGCUACCUUCGUGCACUCCCUGUUUCUCCAAAGAAAGAGCCUGUGUUUUUCCUGACGACUCCAAAAUCACCAUUGAUCCCUCAAACAUCUCCAAGUCCUACCCAAAGGUCAUCAACAAUCUCUUGCAAAGAAUCAACUUUCUAGAGGAGUCCCUCAACAUCGCCCCAAAUGAUCGCGAAAUCCUCCUCAACGAUUCCGAUUACGACUCUUCAAUCGUUUCCUUCAACGUCAACACCCAUCGCUGUGAAAACUGCUUUGAGAAAAACCUCAAAUGCGACAAACUAUCUCCCUGCAACCAAUGUGCUCUUCAAAACUCUGACUGUCUUUUCCCAUCAAAGUCAAAGGUCUUCUCAAAGACCUGCCUUAAAGAAAAACCCGUAUCCUCCAACUCAAACAACCAAAGGAUAAUCAAAAACCUCAUUCAAAAACUCAUCCUACUAGAAAAUAGAAUCAAAACAAAGGGCUUUCCCAAAAGAAAAAGGGUCUCAAUGUCAAAACAAAAAAUCCCCAUGGGCGUCUAUUCCUCAAAUGAUACUGAUCUCCAAAUAGAAGAUAACAUAAAUCAACUGGAUCUAGAUUUCGAAAAAAAUACUGAACAAUCUCUAGAAAAUAUUGAACCUACCUUCAUUUUAGAAACAACUGCCUUAAAACAAAUCUCUUCCAUUAACGACAAUAAAAAUAUCAUUUCAAAUAAUCACAUCAACCAUACUCAUAACAAUAAUCAUAACAAUAAUAAAAAUGAUGAUAAUAACAAUAAUGGAAACUCCAUCAAAAGUCAUAAAAAUAAUAAAAAUAACAUCUCUCUCACUCCCAACAUAGAUCAAUCCCAAUACUCAAAUCAACUAAUCUUUAAAUUUAAAGACAAACCCUCUCAUAAUCAAAUCCAAAAAAAAAAUCAAUCUCUCAUCCAAAAAAAAAUUCAAAAGGACUUCAAAUUCGACAUUAAUAACUCGUCUAUUGAAAAACAACUAAACAUCUCAAACAGAAAAAACGCUCUUGGCGACUCAAAUAACGCUAAAUUAUUUCUGAAAUUGCUCCAUAAAAUCAACUCCUUGUUAUUUGGUUUAUCCUCCUACGACGACCCAGAAAUUGAACGAAUUUUCACUCAAUAUAAAAACUUAACUCAAUCUUCCUCCUGCUUAGCUUGUAAAAAGGCAAAAAAAAGAUGCAAUCGAGAAAAACAUUGCGAAUCUUGCUGGAAAAGAGAAAUUGAAUGUGUUUAUCCCAAAAACUCAAAAAAAUCUUACUCAAAUGAACUAAAAGACAAAAUCAUUAAAAACUCUCUUUCCGAUCAAGAAGUCUCUAUAAUCACAAAUGACCUAAACUCAAUUAUUGAAGUUUUAAAUAAAGCCCUAAGUAACCAUCGUGAUGACUAUCCAAAUAAUCUUGACCAAGACGAUGAUCAGUUUCUACCGGAUGCUUCCUUUCUAUUAAAUAGAGAUGAAAUCAAACAACCGAAAGAUUCGCGCAAAAGAUCAACAUCUACCUCUAUUGUAGAAAACAAUGACAGCAGCAUUUCAAAGAAACUAAGAUCUUCAUAUUCCAACUCUAAGAAUAAAAAUGGAAAUGGAAAUAGAAAUGUUCUUCAAAAUCUUGAUAACUCUUCUGCUUUUUCUGCAAUUAAUGACCCAAAUCUUGAUAAUUAUCAAACCAUCAACAAUAACUAUAGUAAUGACUCACAUGAAACCAAAAUUGCAACUGAAAUUGCUAAUAACAAUAGCAAUAGCAAUAACAAUCACGAAAUUCAUGAAGAUAAUCAAUUACCUGGGUUGGUGAAUAAUAUCUGUUUAAAAUCGAGAGGUUUGUUCAAAUUAACCUCCAAUGAUUUAAUGGAAUGUAUUCAAUCUUCACAAUCCACUUAUAUCGAUAUUUAUAAUGAAUUCUCCAAGAUUCCAAGUAUUUCGGGAAAUAAAAAAAAAGAUCACAGGUUUCUUAAUAAAAUUGUUCAAGAUUUUUUUAAAAUCAAUGAUAUUAGUUUUUUUUUUAAUAAAAAAGUAAUUGAAAACUAUAUUAAACUAUUAUUUAAAUCAGACAGGAUUCAAGAUUCUCAAGCUUUAUUAAAUACCUGGGUUAUUUAUCCAAUUAUUAUCAUUACAUUGAAUUAUUAUCCCUUUGAAACAUAUUAUGAGUAUUUAUCAGAUCAAAGUAUUAAAAUAGUAGAAUUUAUUAACAAUUUGAAAAACAUUUAUGAGUAUUACAAGAACCACAUUGAAGAUUAUUCCAUUCCUUACUUGCAAUCACUAAUUAUUUAUGAAGAAUUUUUAAUUAGUAAUAAUAACAGCUUAGAUAAUAAAGUUGUGUUUCAAAGAAAAGUUUGGAAAGAAUUAUCUGAAAUCAUAUCAUUAGCAAAACAAUUGAACGUUUAUAAUGACGAGAAACUAAUUUGGAUUUCUGUUGAAAGAAUUGAUUCAAUGAUUUGUUGUUUAUUGGAUUUACCAAAUAAUAUAAGUAAAAAUAUCACCGAUUUAUUAGAUGAUAGUAUUGAUUUUGCUAUUUCUCAAAAAUAUGUUCGCGCAGAAUUGUUGAAAGAAUUGAAUUUAAAAUAUAUCAGUAUUAAGAAUUGGAAUUCGCCAGUUGCAAUUGCAAACCAAAUCCAGUCAUAUGAUUAUAAAUUAGAUGGACAAAUUGAAACAAUUGUUAGUGGAAUUAAUACAAAUUUAGCUAUUAUUGAGAUAGAUAAAUUGAUGGACUUGUCAUGUUUUGUUCAAGUCAGAUUGAAGCUAAACUAUAAGUUCUUAACGGAUGGAAGCGUUAAUAAGAUAAGUUUUUUGAAAACAUUUAACCGUUAUAUUAACAAAUUGAACAGCUUUUCGGCUAAUAAUCAAGAGAUAAUCAUAUUUAAGAUAGCACUUUUCAUUGAAAAAAUCAUCAAGUUCUAUCUCAAUAACUACUUUAAUAACUUCUGUUUGCAAAACAGAACGAGUGGUUCACAAGAAGAAUUUGCCAAUCCAGAACUCAGAAAACUAGUGGUGGAUAUCUCAAAUGAAUUGUUACAGAUCUCAAAGAUGUUUGAAAGACCAUACACCGAAUCUGAGAUUCUAGCUAAAAACUCUAGAAGUUCUGGUAAAUCAAGUCUCUUUUUCGAUCUGGCCUCCAAAUUCGAUAACAAAAGUAGCGACAACACCAACACUAAUGGUGGAAGUGAUCAUCGCCAGCAACAGUCUCACAGUCCUGAGGAUCAAGGCAAUUUUUCUCAAGCUAAUAGCAAACAUAAGUCUUCUGCAUCAUCCCAUGUUGAAAAUAGCCUGAAAGUAAGCUUCGGUUCAAAAUCCUCUUUUGGAAUUGCUGCUCAAGCUAAUGAAACAACUGGAACUCGAACAAUUGGCACUUCUUUCGUUAAUAGUCUCCCAAAGUUAUCUCAAUUGAACGGUUUUCUUCCACUAAAUACAUCUUAUAAAGUGAAUUUUUUUGAACCCAUUCCAAAUUUUCAAUCAAUGUUGACAUCGUCUGACAACACACAACCCAAUGACCAGCCCCAGAAUCUAUUCAAUAAUGAUGAUUUAUGGGAUGUCUUCAGAAAGUUCAGUUCACCUCAUUUGAUUAGAGGGGUAGGUCUGACCAAUGAACAACUACCAAAAAAAAUACUACAAAUACAACUACAACUACAACGAGAACAAGAACAACUACUACAAGAACAACAAGGACGAUUACAAGAACAACAAGAACAACUACAACAACUACAACAACAAGAACAACAACAAGAACAACUAAAACAACAACUAAAACAACUAAAACAACUACAACAAAGAAAAGGAGAUGUUGAAAUUUCUAGAGAAUUAGUGCAUCCUAUAUUGCCUCUAUCAAAUGUACCAUCUGAUACACAAAACUUUCGAAACACCUUUAAUAAUGAUUUUAAUACUCUUCUAGAUGAUCGAAAUGAUCCAAAUGAUCCAAAUGAUCCAAAUGAUCCAGAUGAUCGAUUAGAUCUAUUAGAUCAAUAUCCUCAAACUAAUAGACUUGAACACAAAAUGUUUAGGUCAGUCAUAAUGUUUAAUUCAUACAAAAGAUUCAAUUGA